GAAGCUGAUCCGGAAAAGUCCAGUCCCUCGGAGAAAAUUUCUAAGCCAACGUUCCGUAAUUACGAGCCACAAUCCGAUAUUGCCAAUAAACGCGAUGACAUUGAUCUGUUUACUGUUGAAAAAGAGAUUGCUGAUCAGUUGGCUGAUACGGAAGAUAGCGGAGCUGUGGAACCAAUUGAUGUGAAAGCGCUCGCUCCGCGCAAAGUUGAUUGGGAUUUGAAACGCGACGUAGAAGAAAAGUUGAAAAAAUUGGAACGUCGAACGCAACGUGCAAUUGCUCAGCUGAUACGUGAACGCCUGAAAGCCGGCGAAACGGGAUUAGCUGAUGCUGUGAGCUCAGGGGCCUACAAUCAAAUACAGGAUGCUUUCGAUGAGGAUUGA